AAUCCACACUUCUCAUUUUACAAUCCACACUCUAUGUUUUCUUUUAAGUAACCUAAAUUUCGUCUCCUUAUCAAAAUUUUAACCAAAUAAAAAAGAAGAAUGAGUGUGGAUUGUAAAAUGGGGAGUAUGGAUUUCACUCUCCAUUUUUUUUUUUUGGAUCAAUACGUGCGAGGAACUGCAGGGCUUAUUGGUUUGAGGUUGUCAGCGAGUCUACUAAUGGAUUAUGCAAAAAAAAAAAAUUAUUUUCAGUUUCUUAUUACUUUAUUCUCCACUGUGCUUCACUCAAUAUGUGGAACGGGUGUGGAGCGGGAUAUUGCGUUUAACGAUGUCUCUUUUUGACCGUCCCACUAAAGCGGGUCAAUGUAUAAUAUUAUUUUUUUCCAUAUUGAAUGAAAAUGACCCACCUCCUUCUAGAGCACAUUUGCCCUAUAACCUAUUGAAAUUAGCCCCGUCGGGCUGACUACAUUGUUCGACCCGACCCGACCCGACCCGCCCACUCUACCCGUUCACAUUACCAAAAUGUUGAACCGGUUGACAGCACAGGAGUUCCCGCGCACUUCCGCUGCCCUAAAAACCAACCCAAUUGGUUAGGGUUUCAGUAUCGUAUCCAAGAAGCUUUCACUCAUCCCGAGGCAGAAGACGAACCCAUUUCUGUAAUUCAGCUUCUAAAAUGUACUCCAACUCAGGCGGGAAAUUCACCGAUCAAGAACACCCAGUUGAGGAGGUUUACAGAAGAAGAAAACCCAGAAAGCCCACUCCAGAUGAAGAAUCCUUAAGGGAAUCGAGUUCGAGUCGAAAAGAGAAGCUUAGGGUGAGUUUGGCUGCUGCUGCUCCGGUUAAGCGAGUCAGUUGGAACCGUUUUCUUUCCACAAGAGGGAGGACAAGUAUUGCUGUUGGUGCUUGCUUGGACUAUCAGCCUCCUCAGAAGAAGGCUAAAAGGAAAGGAAGACCUCCUCGUCCCAAAAGUAAGUACAACUUUGAAAAGGAACGAGCUUACUUUGAGAAGCUUGAUGAAGAAGAAUUGAUAGAGGAGAGCCCCUCGCCAAUACCCCGCACAUGGGUUGCUGGAAUCCCAAAGGGGAAUGUUGAAAUACCGAAGUUGUGCUCAGCAUUAGAGAAAUGGUUAUUAUCCAAGAAGUUGAAUUUCGGUUUAGGGUCUUCCAACACAUUGGCUAGGAUCCUACAAUCUUCAGCCAUGCGGCCCUCGCCCAUUGGUGGCAUCAAUUUUGAACCUUCAAGUUUGAAAACCCCAGAAAGAUCUUCUAGAGUCAAUUCUCGCUUGUCUUCUGGCCAAAUUAGUUUUGAUUUGAGUUUGCUCGAUGGAAGUGUGCAUGAAAGGAGCACCCCCAAAUCACUUCCCGGUGUGGGCAAUGAGGGUUGUGAAGAUAUAGAUGCUGCUGUAAAAGAACUCUCUUUGGUAUCGACUUCUGAGGAGUUGGAUCGAUUUAAUGCUCUGUUAGAAGUUUGUGGCCAGUCAUCUCCCUCAAAAUUACAGGAUGUAUUUUCCAAAUAUUGUGAUCCAGAAGAGAUUGAAAAAGUUGGAGAAGGGACAUAUGGAGAAGCUUUCAAGGUUGGCAACUGCGUUUGCAAAAUAGUUCCUAUUGAUGGCAACUUACGAGUGAAUGGGGUUGAAGUGCAAAAGAGAUCUGAAGAAUUGCUUGAGGAAGUCGUGCUUUCCCGCACUCUUAAUUACUUGAGAGGAAACAAUGAUAAUGUUCAGAAUGUAUGCCCAACAUUUAUAGAAACAAAAGAUUUGAGGGUGUGCCAAGGCUCCUAUGACGCUGCCUUGAUCAAAGCAUGGGAAGCUUGGGAUGAAAACUGUGGUUCAGAAAAUGAUCACCCUGAGGCGUUUCCAGAGAACCAGUUCUAUGUCGUGUUUGUUUUAGAGCAUGGUGGCAAAGAUCUGGAAAGCUUUGUACUUCUGAACUUUGACGAGGCAAGGAGUUUAUUAGUACAGGUUACGGCUGCCCUUGCUGUGGCUGAAGCGGCAUAUGAAUUUGAGCACCGUGAUCUCCACUGGGGAAACAUACUUUUGAGAAGGAGUGGUUCAGUUACAAUGCAGUUCACUCUUGAAGGAAAGCAGAUGCUCAUACGCACAUUUGGAUUAGCAAUAUCAAUCAUUGAUUUCACUCUUUCAAGAAUCAAUACGGGCGAAGCCAUACUCUUUCUAGACCUAUGUUCAGAUCCUGAGCUUUUUAAUGGUCCAAAAAGCGAUAAACAAUCAGAAACUUACAAGAAAAUGAAGAAGGUAACACAAGACCACUGGAAGGAAAGCUUCCCUAGAACAAAUGUGUUGUGGUUGCUGUACUUGGUGGAUAUAUUACUCCUAAACAAAGCAUUUGAUCGUACUUCGAAGGAUGCGAGAGAUUUGCGCGCGUUGAAGAAGCGGCUUGAUCAAUAUCAGUCAGCAAGAGAAGCACUUUUUGAUCCUUGUUUCAGUGACUUGUUUGUUGGUUGUGAUAGUUGAGUUCUAAUUGAGGGAGGACAUUGUAUUGUACAUGUUUAGACUUUAGAUAAACAAAAGUUCAGUGCUUUGUUCAUUUCUAGGACUUGGUAGGAUAAUCUAAAUUAGAAUUUAGUGAACCAGAUGUCAGUGACUCUUCCUUGUGUAUAUAUGUCCUUUUGAAACAGGUCUUAGUCGUAACCUAUGCAUACAUUUCAAGUUGAAAUAGUUCAUACUCUUUGGAUGUCA